AUAUCAUUGCGUUGGCUGAGUUUUGCAUCUAAACUUGCAGGUAUAAUGAGCCGUACAAUUACUUUGAUGAAAUGGGCAUCCAUCUUCAUUUUGUCCACUACAUUGGUCCCUGUUUUGAUUUCAGCUGAUUCUACAGUACCCUUCGCCAGAGUCUUUAAAUUUGUGAAAAUAAACUUUUAUUCUUUGCCAUCAGAAAAUGAACAGCCUGCUAAUAACACGGAAGUUAGAGAUUCUGAAUCAUUAAAUAUGACAAUAAAUAAUAUCGAUGAACCUUGGAAUUUUGAAGCCUCUAUACCAGAAGACCCUCAUCACUGCCGAAAUGAACAAAUCCUUCCAUGUGAUCCUUCUUAUCCAUACAGGAGUAUAGACGGAAGCUGUAACAAUUUGAUUCAUCCCACGUGGGGUAUACCCGAUGAAUGCUACAUGAGACUUCAACCAGCAUAUUAUGAAGGGUAUGAUGGAGUUAGAAAAUCUAAGAAUGGAGAUCCUUUGCCUUGUGCUAGAGAUUUAACUCUAAAUGUUUUUAAAGAAGGCUACCGACCCUCUCCAAAUGUUUCGUUCAUGUUCACGAUUUAUGGUCAAACUGUGGCCCACGACUUGUCCCAUUCAGAAAAUGUCAACUUACUUGAACCUUGCUGUAAAGAUGGCCCUCCUCAUGAAUCUUGCAUGGCUCUUACAUUUAGAUCAAAUGAUUCAUUCUUUUCUACAUACAACAUCACUUGUCAAGAUAUGCACAGAACUGAGGCUUGUGAAAUCUGCAAUACCACAAACAGAGAACAAGUUAAUGCUGUAACAGCUGCUUUGGAUGCAUCAUUGGUGUAUGAAAAAAAGAACAAAAAACUUAUGGAAUUACGAGCCAAUGAUGGAACAGGAAAAAUGCUCGUAAGUAUAACUGAGAUUGGCGAGCUGUUGCCACCACAUAAAGGACCUUACGAUACUUUCUGUCGUAAAAAGAAAAAACUGGCUUGCUUUCUGACAGGAGAUCUACGAGGAAAUCAGCAUUUUUUUCUUACUGGCAUCGUGACAAUUUUUGUGAGAGAACAUAACAGAAUCGCUACAAAUCUCAAGAAGAUGAAUCCUCAUUGGGAAGAAGAGAGGUUAUUUCAAGAAUCCAGGCGUAUUAACAUUGCACUUCUGCAAUGCAUCACCUACAAAGAAUACCUGCAAGUGCUUCUUGGGCCAUACAUUAUGGAUCGGUUUAAUUUGACAGUCAAAUAUGGAUCAGAAGGAUCAACAUAUUAUCCUAGAAUACGACUUGGUGUCAGUAACGAAUGGUCAACCGCAGCUUUCCGGUUACACAGCAUGAUACCUCAAAAAGCCGAUGCAAGGGGCACGAGGUUUAAAGACUUCUUUUUGAAACCGGAAUUUAUUAGAGAAGGCCAUUUGGAAAGUAUAAUAAAAGAUUCCUUCAUCAUACCAUCCGAGGGAUUCGAUCAUUAUUAUGCGGAGGAUCUGUCUAAACACAUGUUUCAGCGGCCUAAUAUACCCUAUGGACUAGAUAUACCAUCUCUUGACAUUCAAAGAGGAAGAGAUCAUGGAAUCCCUCCUUACUUAGUCAUGGUGAGAUUUUGUUCUAAAGGACGAGUGAAGAUUGUGACCUUUGAUGACCUUGCGCCUUUGCUGAUGACAAAGGAAAAAGCAGAAAUAUUGAAGGAAAAUUAUGGGUCAGUGGAGGACAUUGAUUUAUUUGUUGGAAUACAAAUGGAAAAUUUCUUUCCUGAAGCAGCAGUGGGUCCAACGACAGCUUGCAUAAUCGCUAUGCAAUUUUAUUCUAACAAGUUUGGGGACCGAUUUUUCUUUGAACAUGUUGGGCUGUUGCCUUCCUUCACUGCAGCUCAGAGGAACUCUCUCAAGCAGUGCUCUUUAUCUCGUUUAUUCUGUGAUAAUUCGAACAUCACACAUGUACAGAAGAAUCUUAUGCUCCUUCCUAGCAUCACAAAUCCUGAAGUACCUUGUGAAGACAUUCCAGAAGUCGAUCUUUCUCUCUGGGCCGAAAGUCCAUCACAUGAAAAUAACAACAGCCUUAAUGCAUAAAUGCCUUCUUAUUCUUCCAUUAUUUUUUAUAAAGAAAUGUGAUGA